GAGCACCUGAAGAUCAGUUUGUAUAUAUAUAUAUAUCUUUUGUAGAGAUCUCCCAUGAUAAAGGAAGGGAUAUCCUUCUACAUUCUCUUGCAUCCACCUCUUUCUGCACAUUCUCCAUCAUGAAGUUUUUCUAUACCGUAUUGGCCUUUGCGCCACAAGUCUUCGCUGCCCUGACUUACAAAGGAGUCGACUGGUCGUCCGUCACUGUUGAGGAGGGAAGCGGCUACACUUACAAAAAUACCGCCGGUACUACACAAGCCCUCGAGACUAUUCUGGCAGCUUCAGGUGUCAACACUGUGAGGCAAAGAAUAUGGGUCAACCCUUCCAGUGGCCAAUACAACUUGGCCUACAACUUGGCUCUUGCAAAACGUGCCAAGGCUGCUGGAUUAAAGAUCUACCUCGAUUUACAUUUCAGCGAUACAUGGGCCGAUCCAAGUCAUCAGGCGAUUCCUUCUGGCUGGCCUACCGAUACCGUUGGAAACCUUGCAUGGGAAGUUUAUAAUUAUACUUUGGCAGUCUCGGAUGCCUUUGCCAGUGCUGGCAUCUCUCCCUCAAUAAUCUCCAUUGGCAAUGAGAUCCGUGCUGGACUUCUCUGGCCUAUAGGCACCACAUCUUCCUACUACAACAUUGCCAGCCUCCUCCACUCCGCCUCCGCCGGUAUCAAAGACUCGACUCUUGCCACCAAGCCCAAGAUCAUGAUCCACCUCGACAACGGCUAUUCCUGGAGCGAACAACAAUAUUUCUACAAAACGGUUCUUGCAGCAGGCCCCCUCCUAACCACCGACUUCGACAUGAUGGGCGUAUCCUACUAUCCAUUCUAUUCCUCCGCCGCCACCCUCGCGAGUCUCAAGACUUCCUUAACAAACAUGGCUUCCACAUGGGGUAAGCAACUCGUAGUCGCCGAAACCAACUGGCCAUUUGCAUGUCCAUCCCCUGCAUAUACUUUCCCAUCCGACACAACAUCGAUUCCAUUUAGUGCUGCGGGCCAAACAACCUGGAUCAAGGACGUUGCGGCAGUGGUUGCGGGUGUUAGUGGUGGAGUGGGACUCUUCUAUUGGGAACCUGCUUGGAUCAACAAUGCGGCUUUAGGAAGCAGUUGUUCUGAUGCUAUCCUUUUCGAUUCCAAGGGAGUCGCCAGAUCUAGUUUGUCGGCUUUUGCUAGCAUUUAAUUUUUUGAAUUGUGGGAUCUAAAAAGAUGGAUGGGAGGGAAAGGUAAGGAAGGGAAAUACGGAUAUUCAAUUGUAUAUACUUGAUCCUUAAUAUUUGUAUAUACAAAUUUCACUUUGAUAUACGACCGGAAUGUAUAAGGUCGUUUUGAAUCAUGGCCUCCA